UUUUGGCAGGCAGCUGGGGGGCAGGCGAGGCUGUGAAUGUCUCAUUUUGGAGCCAUCAGAAAUGAUUGUGGUGGAUAACAGCAGUGAAGGUGACGACAAUUUCCUGCAGAGAGAGGGGUCUCAGCGGCGGUCUAGAAGGCGGUUUAGGAGGGUGAACCCCAGAGGAGAGCGGGAACUUAUAACAGAUGGUCAAGAACCCGCCAGCUUCAACACGAAUUAUGUCAACAACAAGCUUCCGGCUGACCUCAAUAAGAUGCAUCUAACAGACCACGCCCACCAGCAGGUGACGCACAUGGCUCCCAGCCAGUCAGGUUGCAGCAUCACCAGUGAUUCAGGGAGUAGCAGCCUGUCCGAUAUUUACCAGGCCACAGAGAGUGAGUUGGGUGACGGGGACCUGUCUGGACUUCCAGAGACAGCAGUUGACAGUGAGGAAGAUGAGGAGGAAGACGAGGACCUGGACAGAGCCUCAGAUGCUCUUCUGGGUCGGGACCUGGUUCGAGAGUGUCUGGAAAAAGAUCCGGCGGACCGCAACGAUGAUGACAUUGAACAACUCCUGGAGUUCAUGCACCAGCUGCCCGCUUUUGCCAACAUGACUAUGUCCGUGCGGAGGGACUUGUGCAGCGUCAUGAUGUUUGAGGUGGUGGAGCAGGCCGGCACAGUCCUGCUGCAUGACAAACAGGAGCUGGACCACUGGUAUGUGAUUCUGAAUGGAGCGAUUGAGAUCAGCCACCCAGAAGGACGAGCUGAGACUCUUUGUAUGGGCAACAGUUUUGGUAUCACGCCCUCACUGGACAAGCAGUACAUGAACGGAGACGUUCGCACCAAAGGGGAUGACUGCCAGUUCGUCUGCAUCGCCCAGGAGGACUACUGGCGAAUCCUCAACCAUGUGGAGAAGAACAUGCACAAGGUGGAGGAAGAGGGGGAGAUAGUGAUGGUGAAGGAGCACCGGGAGCUUGACCGCAGUGGCACCAGGAAGGGACACAUUGUCAUCAAGGGAACCCCCGAGCGUCUGAUCAUGCACCUGGUAGAAGAGCCGUCGGUGGUGGACCCCACCUACAUCGAGGACUUCCUGCUGACUUACAGGACCUUCCUGUCGAGUCCCAUGGAUGUUGGGAGAAAACUUCUGGAGUGGUUCCAGAUGGACAGUCUCCGAGACACGGUAACCAGAAUAGUGCUGCUGUGGGUCAACAACCACUUCAAUGAUUUUGAAGACAACCCAGCCAUGACCCACUUCCUGGAGGAGUUUGAGAAACAUCUUGAAGCCACAAAAAUGAAGGGCCAUCUGAGACUGCUGAACAUUGCAUGCACAGCUAAGGCAAAGUGGAGACAGAUCACUCUGCAGAAGGCGUCGAGGGAGUCUCCGCUGUACUUCAGCAUCAAAGGUGGCAGCGAGAGAGGGUUUGGCAUCUUUGUUGAGUCGGUGGAAGAAGGAAGCAAAGCUGUAGAGGCUGGACUCAAACGGGGAGAUCAGAUCAUGGAGGUCAAUGGUCAGAACUUUGAGAACAUCUCCUUUGCCAAAGCUGUGGACAUCUUGAGAAAUAACACACACCUCUCUAUCACUGUGAAAACCAACAUAUUYGUCUGCAAAGAGCUCCUGAGUCGGAUCAUGCAUGAAAAGAAGAACGGUGGUCCUCACAUCCCCAAGAUUCAGGAGAAAAAAGGCAACCGCUUUUCCAUCCCCGACCUCCCUGGAGACCUGGAGUUUCCUACGGACCAAAAAAGCGCCCGUAAAAUGAAAGCCAACACCGUGUCGGGAGGACGUAACAAAAUCAGGAAGAUGCUGGAGAAGACGCGCUUCAGCAUUCUGCCACCUAAACCGUUCAGGGGCCUUUUUGGUGAUGGCGGCAUGGGUCAGUCUCAGGACGACAGCAUUGUGGGUACAAAGCAGUGUCGUCACAGCGUGGCUAUCAUGCCUAUUCCAGGGAACCUCUCAUCCAGCAGCCCCGACCUGCUGCAGCCGGCAACGAGCCUUCUCGACUUUUCUAACCUCGCUGCCUUGGGACUGUAUUAUAUCCCAGACCAGGUUAUUCGGGUCUUCAAAGCAGACCAGCAGAGCUGCUACAUCAUCAUCAGCAAGGACACUACGGCCAAGGAUGUUGUCAUCCAGACUGUCAAUGAGUUCGGCCUCUUUGCAGCGCCUGAAACCUACUCUCUAUGUGAGGUGUCCGUGAGCCCAGAGGGAGUGAUAAAACAGCGUCGUCUGCCCGACCAACUCUCCAAACUGGCUGAUCGGAUUCAGCUUAACGGCAGAUACUACCUGAAGAACAACAUGGAGACAGAGACUUUAUGUUCGGAUGAGGAUGCCCAGGACCUCCUCAGAGAGAGUCAGAUCUCUCUGUUGCAGCUCAGCACCAUGGAGGUUGCUGCCCAGCUCUCGAUGAGAGACUUCGAACUCUUCAGGAAUAUUGAGUCCACAGAGUAUGUGGAUGAUUUGUUUAAACUGGACUCCUCUGCUGGAUGUGGGAAUCUGAAGCAGUUUGAGGAGGUGAUAAACCAGGAAACUUUCUGGGUGGCCACAGAGAUCUUAAAGGAGCCCAACACCUUGAAGAGGAUGAAGACCAUUAAGCACUUCAUCAAGAUAGCCCUGCACUGCAGAGAGUGCAAGAACUUCAACUCCAUGUUUGCCAUUAUCAGCGGGCUGAACUUGGCACCAGUGGCUCGACUGCGAAGCACGUGGGAGAAACUGCCGAGUAAGUACGAGAAGCUCUUCAGGGACCUGCAGGACGUCUUCGACCCAUCCAGGAACAUGGCCAAGUACCGCAACGUGCUGAGCAGCCAGAGCAUGCAGCCGCCCAUCAUCCCACUGUUCCCAGUGGUCAAGAAGGACCUCACCUUCCUACAUGAAGGUAACGACUCCAAUGUCGACGGCCUCGUGAACUUCGAGAAGCUUAGGAUGAUCGCUAAAGAGAUCAGGCACGUGGUCCGGAUGACCUCAGCCAACAUGGACCCAGCCCUCAUGUUCAGACAGAGGAAGAAGAGGUGGAAGAGUUUAGGGUCAUUAAGUCAAGGCAGCACCAACUCCAACAUCCUGGACGUGCAGGGCGGAGCCCACAAGAAGCGAGUACGACGCAGCUCACUCCUGAACGCUAAGAAGCUGUACGAAGACGCUCAGAUGGCCAGAAAGGUGAAGCAGUACCUUUCCAACCUGUCUGUGGAGACAGACGAGGAGAAACACCAAAUUAUGUCCUUGCAGUGUGAGCCGUCUUACAACACCUUGAGCAAAAACCUGAGUGAGAGGAGAUCCAAUAAGUCGGACAUGUCUCCAGUGUCUCAGCGGUCGACCCUGCCCCUGGGGAAAGCUCAGAACAGGGUGUCCCAAGUCCUCCAAGUCCAGGUGCCACUGAACCCUCUACGAAAGAAGAGCACCGCCAAGGACACCGGCACACCUAAUUCAAAUUCUCCCCAGGUGGUAAAGAAACCUCCAGUAAGCUCCUCAGAUGAGUGGAGCUCCAAGAGACCAUCUGAUGACACCAUUUCRACCGUGUCAUCCCUCCACUCCAGCCCCACGGUGUCCCCUCAGGGCUCUCCUCGCAAAGUGGGAGGCGUGACCAAGUCCCAGAACUCCAGUCAGAUGAACCUGUCAGGUUCUUCAUCCUCUCUGACCAGCGACGCCAGCACAAAGACUGGUGUCAGCCUGCGCAGCUACGGCAUAGGUUGUUCCCUCCUCCCUGGUAGUAAAAUGGACAACCUGUCGGACUCGAGUCACAGCGAGAUCUCCUCCCGCUCCAGUAUCUGUUCAGUUGACUCGGUGCCCGCUCCCGGGCCUGACGACCGAUGUAACAGGACCUGUACCGCUGCUAGUACUGCUGCUGCUUUUGCUUCCAACCCCACGGCUGCGACGGCUGCCGAGGUUGCUGAGGGCACAGCGGCAUUAAAUGCACAUUUAACUGCUGAUUACAGCCAGCCCAGCACAAGUUCUUCAGCACUGGGUCGAGGAUACGCAGUCCGGGCCUUCAGCGCCUCUCUCUCCACGGAAGAGCUGACCCCAGACCACACCUCCAUGGACUCUGUGGCCGACAGCGGCCGCGGCAGCUGGACGUCCUGCUCCUCCAACUCCCACGACUCCUUCCAGAGCCUCCCCGCCUCCUCCUGCCGACCAUGGGACCACGGCAUCCACGGUCCCCCGCUCUCUCUACCGCACACGCACCUGGGCGGAUUUAAGCACACGCAGCUGACUCGGCCAAUAGCAGAGGUGGAGGCCGCCGGACCCACGUGGGCYGCGGAGCACCCCACCAGAGACUCCAGCUCGGAUCUGGCCGAACAGUUCCGGCARAGCUGGACGUCGUCCAACUCCCUGUCGGACAACUAUGAGGGGAAUUACGGAACGAUAAAACGGCGAAACACCUCGGAGCAUCCCUCCUCGCCAGCCAAUGAGGAAGGAGGGCAAAGCACAGACCCCGCCUACAAAACGGUGACAUCAAGCACAGACAAGGGCCUGAUAGUGUACUGUGUCACCUCCCCCACCAAGGAUGAGCGUUACCGAGCUCCUCCUCCCACCCCUCCAGGCUACCAUGGUCUGGCUCUGGGGGAUCUCGGGCUCACAGACGGAGUAGUGGGUGGGUUGGCAGGUCCUGUCCCCCGACCUCCUCACAUCAGACCUCCGGACUACAGCGUGGCCCUGCGGAGGAGCAAACUGCUGCAGAGCCCCGGAGCGGCUGGUGGGUUGGCCGAGGUGCGGAGGCUUCACCUCCAGCACCAAGAUGGCCRAACGGCCAGUUCCACACCCGGUCACUCCAGACCACCCAGCAACAGCUGUCCCCCAAAGGAUCUAGCUGAUAGUGAUGACGAUGAACAAGUGUCAGCGGUGUAAAGUCCCGCUCGCUCGGGGUCGAGUCGUGUUGGUAAGACUUUGGACUAAACUAGCAGCUUGUCCUCACACGUCAGAGCACAUUCUCCAGCUCCCCCGCCCACCAACGGACCUCUGGGUCAUGUGACCGCUCUCCUUUUCUGAACCUAUCACACAAAUCAGAGAAGAAAAGUUUUAGAUACUUUAUUCACAAUCUUUGGAACAAAACCCGAACAAGACUGGGUGAUGGAAUCAUGUCGCAGGAGACGGACGAUUAAGAAUAAAAAAAAACAAAGCAAGGAUCGAGUGACAAACAGACCACCGUUUACCUCCAUUUGUGCUCAAAGCUCACGUGUCUAAAUGUAUUUCCUAAUGUUUUUACACUUUAACAAGUUGUACAGUUGCUUUAAUUUGUAMUUUGUCCCAUUUUAGCUCAAUCUCUCUGCUUUGUAAAAUUUUGACAUGAGGACGAGAAUCUGUUUGAGGGAUUUUUUUAAAGGUUUUACCUUUUUAUUGUCAACUUAAAAGCAUGAAUGUUACAGACUAAAGUCUAAAGGGAAACUGAUUUUGAUAGAGGUGUUUAUUUUCUGUGAAUAGGGUGUAGUUGACAGACAAAUGCCCAGAAAUAAAAUCCUGUAUAGGAUGUUAUAAAAUAAUUUCCCCCUGCAGCAACAGAAAGCAUGUUUAGCACUUACUGUUCUUUGCUUUACUUGACAGAAAAAAAGAAA